AUAGUUCAUCAGUAACCGGUAACAGCAGCAGCAGCACCAGCGGCGGCAGAGGUGGUGGAGGAGGCGGGUGCCAAACAUGGUCCGCUACGGAAAUAAAUAACGGGACCUGGGGGAAGGAAUUUAAUCUAACCGAAAGAAGAGACUUUUACAAACGCGCUGAAAAGAGGAAGCGGACGUUAGAAGAGGAGAAGAAGCAGCAGCAGUAGCGGCUAAAGUCAGUGGCACACACACAUACACACGUUUCUACUGUGUUGAUGUUGGGAUUUGGCGACGAAUACCUGCCGCAAACAGUCCUGUACCAGCUCGUCUGCCUGACGCCUGUCCCUCGAUCAGAGUGUCUUCUCCUUCUUCUUCUUCUUCUUCUUCUUCUACUACUUCUGUCCCCACUGGACAUUUAAUUUGUGGAUUUUACCCACAGAAAUCAACACAGCUAAAGACGUCCGUCAUUGAAGCUCCUCUUGUCCUGUGUGACCUCCCGACACAGAGAGGAUGGUGAUGGCGGAGGGGAGUCCAAGAGACCGUGGGAGGGGGGCUCCGGUGACAGCAGGAGCCGAGGGGAGGCAGAUCUUUGUGGAACUUGCGGAGCAGAACUUUGACGCCAUUUGUCUCUCUACGUAUCGAACGGCCUGCAAGCUCAGAUUUAUACAGAAGAGAUGCAACUUGCAUCUGAUCGACAUCUACAACGUGAUCGAGGCGGUGCGCGACGCCGGUCUGAAUGCCAUCGAGCUGAACGUGGGCAUCUCCGUGACCCGACUGGAAAACCUGGUCUCGUCGCUGUUCAACCAGCUCAGCAAGCGUCUGCCCACCACGCACACCAUCAACGCUCACGAGAGCACCGUCCUCUUGGUGGAAUUCAUACUGGCAGCUGUCGACAGUGAGCCAGAAGGCCGACUGACGGUGCUGUCCGUGAAGGCAAUGCUGGCCAUGCUCUGUGGAGGAAAACUGGUCGAUAAACUCCGCUAUGUGUUUUCUCAGGUAUCUGACUCCCACGGUGUGUUGGUGCAGUCCAAGUUUGACUGGUUUCUCAGGGAGGCUCUGAAGUUGCCCACCGCUAUACACGAAGGACCGUCCUUUGGCUACGAUCACGCGUUAGCGCGCUCGUGCUUUCCACAACAGAAGAGGGUGAUGCUCAACAUGUUCCUGGACGUCGCCGCCGAUCCCCCUCAGUGUCUCGUGUGGCUGCCUCUCAUGCACCGCAUGGCCAACGUGGAGCAUGUCUAUCACCCAGUGACGUGCUCCUACUGCCGUGGCAAUGGCAUGACGGGCUUCCGCUACCGCUGCCUCCGUUGCCGUGGUUACCAGCUCUGCCAGAACUGCUUCUGGCGCGGCAAUGUCAGCGGCUCGCACAGCAGCCAGCAUCAGAUGAAGGAGCACUCGUCCUGGAAGUCACCGGCGACGAAGUUCGGCCGUGCCCUGAGCAGGACUCUGGGCUGCGUGUCGUCCAGAGAAUCCUCUCACCCGAUUUAUCCCGAGGAACCAGAGAAGACACUUAACCUGGCCAACAUUGUUCCGGCUCGUCCUGUUGGAAACACCAGUGAGGCCAUGUUACUGUCCUCGUCCUCUCCUGAGACGUCAAAGAGUUUGGCAGCGGCUCAGCGCAUGAACGAGGAACACGCUCUCAUCGCCGCGUACGUGAAUCGUCUCCAGGGCAGCCCACGUGUGGACAGUCCCAGCAGACAAGACGAGGAGCACAAACUCAUCGCCCGCUACACGUCUCGACUGGCAGAGAGCGACGGCUCAGGAGUGAUUCCGAACCGCAGCAUCAACUUUGACGUGAACAAACAGAAGAGGGAGCUCAUCGCUCAGCUGGAGUGCAAAAAUAGAGAGAUCUUGGCAGAGAUUAAACGGAUCCGAACAGAACACGACGCAGCCGGCCAGCUCAGUCCAGAGAAAGGCUGCACCAACCCGACGCUGCUGGCCGAGCUCCGCCAGCUCAGACAGAGGAAAGACGAGCUGGAGCAGAGGAUGUCGUCUCUCCAGGAGAGCCGGAGGGGACUGAUGGUGCAGCUGGAGGGACUGAUGAAGCUGCUCAAGGAUGAGGAACAACGACAGGCAGCGCAGGCCGCUGGUUCUUCUCACGCCUCUCCUUCCCGACCGAGUCCAUCGACGGUCCGCUCCGUGGGCGCCGCGUCUCCUCAGGCUCACAUGUACUCGCCUCAGGACUCGCUCGCGGGAGUGGGUGGCGACGUACGGGAGGCCUUUGCUCAAGGCUCCAGGAGGAACCUGAGAAACGACCUCCUCGUCGCAGCCGACUCCAUCACCAACACUGUGUCCUCACUGGUCAAAGAGCUGCACUCGGAUGAUGGUCGUGAGGAAGAGGAGAGGUUGCUGAACGGGAAGGACAGAGGUAACAGGUUAAAGUGAUCAUCUGAAGAAAAACA